AUGCAUGGAUAUAGCCAUAGGAUAGGCUUGUUUGUAUUAAGAUAUAAUGAGGAAGAAGAAAGGUCGACAAAGUGGGAGAUCUUUCUUGAGCAGCAUGAGGAGCUUGCAAGAAAGAACUCUUUUGAAAAGGACAGUAUCGAUGACCCUGAGGCUGAAGUUACAGAUAAUAAAAUUGAUUCUGUUCAGGAAUCAAGUGGAGAAGGUAAUGUUUUAGGCGAUGAGAAGCCAACAACACAUGAUUAUCAGACAGAGAGCAAUAAUCAGACAGAGAGCAUUCCUGAAAAUGUGGUCCCAGAGACACCAAGACCUAAAAAGCCUGCAGUACGAAAUUGGGCGGAUGUUAGAUCGUCUCUCAAUGCGAUUGAGAAUGUCAUGUGUCAACGUGUCAAGAGUAAAGCAAACAAGAAAAAUGAGUCUAUAAACAGUCAUCAAAAACAUCUUGAACCUAUUCAAGAAGUAGAAGCCUCCACUGACGACUCUAAAGAGGAGUCAGCAGAAAACGAGCAGCCAAAUUCCACUGAAGAGGCUUGUGAUGAAGUCAUUGCAGAGUAUUCUUUUCCCUGGAAAGAACUUGAGUCACUUGUUCUUGGGGGUGUGCCAAGAGACCUCAGAGGGGAGGCAUGGCAAGCCUUUGUUGGUGUGAAAGCACGUCGUGUGGAAAGUUAUUACCAGAAUUUGUUAGAUGUUGUUGAUGCUGAUGGAAACUCAGGGGAGACGAGAGAAGGAGCUGUUGUACCAGAAAAAUGUAGAAAACAGAUUGAAAAGGAUUUACCGAGAACAUUUCCUGGUCAUCCUGCACUAAACGAGGAGGGUAGGAACUCCUUGAGGAGGUUACUUUUAGCGUAUGCUCAGCAUAACCCUGAUGUCGGAUAUUGCCAGGCAAUGAACUUUUUUGCUGCAAUGUUGCUACUAAUGAUGCCUGAAGAAAAUGCUUUUUGGACUUUGGUGGGCAUGAUGGAUGAUUACUUUGAUGGAUACUUUAAUACAGACAUGAUAGAAUCUCAGGUGGAUCAACUUGUUUUUGAAGAUUUAAUGCGUGAACGAUAUCCAAAACUAGUCAAUCAUUUUGAUUACUUGGGAGUGGAGAUGGGAUGGAUUUGUGGACCGUGGUUUCUUUCCAUUUUUGUCAAUAUGAUCCCAUGGGAAAGCGUUCUUCGGGUUUGGGAUGUGAUGUUAUUUGAAGGAAACCGUGCAAUGUUAUUGCGAACUGCAUUGGCUUUAAUGGAGCUAUAUGGCCCUGAUCUAGGAACAGCCAUUGAUGCUGGUGAUGCCAUUACUUUACUGCAGUCACUUGUUGGUUCAACGUUUGAUAGCAGCAACCUUGUUGUAAAUGCUUCCGUAAGUUUCUCAUACGUAACAGAAGAUAUAUUGCAAAAUCUUAGAGAAAAAUAUAGACCAGAUGUCAUAGCCGCAGUUAAAGAAAGAACUAAAGGGGAGCAUGUAAGGAGAAGUUCUAAAGGGCUAGCUACCAAGCUUUACAGUUUCAAAAAAGAACGUGACCCACCAGUACGCGAAGUCAGUAUAAAGAGAGGAUUUGGUGAUAAAAAUUUAGAUAAAGAUGCUUUAGACUUGAUGUCUCCUCUUAAACCUGACGAAUCUCUUAAAUUUGACCCCUUCGCUGCUGAAGUAGACUCUCUUCCAGAUAUUCAAGAUCAGGUUAUCUGGUUGAAGGCUCAGUUGUGCUCAAUGUUGGAGGAUAAGAGAUCUGCUACAAUCAGAGCUGAGGAAUUGGAGACAGCCCUCAUGGAGAUGGCCCAACAAGAUAAUCGGCGGGAAUUGAGCGCAAGGCUUGAGUAUAUGGAACAAGAGGUAUCUGAGAUGCAUCAACUUCUUGCCGAUAAGAAAGAACAGGAAAAAGCUAUGCUUGAGGUGCUAAUGCGAGUUGAACAAGAACAAAAGAUCACAGAAGAUGCUCGUCGAUCUGCUGAGCGAGAUGCAGCUGCUCAGAGGUAUUUAGUGAGUGUACUUGAGGAAAAGUAUGAGCAAGCUAUGACUUCAGUUAUUCAAUGGGAAAAGAGGGCUUUAAUGGCAGAAUCUAUGGUAGAGGCGACAUUGCAAUACGACUCUGGCCAAGUUAAGGCGCAGGAAAAAGCACCAUUAACAUCAAUACCAGCACCAACAUCAGGGAACAUCCGUGCCGAGUCUGCAAGAGACAACAACACAAAAAAGCCAGGCUUACUUUCAUUCGGACUAGGAUGGCGUGACAAGAACAAGGGUAAAGGCACAAAUGAGGCAUCGGGUGCAUCCAAUGAUCACCUAGAUACAGAAAAGUAGACAUCAAAGGGAUCAAGAAACCUACAUUUGCUUCGAAAGUUGUACCCUUUCGUAAAAGCCAUAUGAAUUCAUAACCAUGAUCAACCUACAGUCUUUAUUUUUACUUUCUUUUUUGGUGCAUUAUUUAUUCAUUAUUUCUCCCACUAAUUUUGCAGUGGGAUAUUUCAUAUUUGUUUCACUUCAAGAGUCAAGAUCAGAUAUGUAUAUUGUACUACAGUUAUUCCCAAAAGUCCUUUAUUUAUAUA